AUGUUUGGUGUUUGGUUUAUUGCACUAUUUCUGAAUGUAGUAGUGAGAGGUUCAGAAAUAUGUUACAGCAGAUUUGGCUGCUUUACAAAUGAUCCCCCUUGGGGUGGAACAUUACAACGGCCAGUGCUAAACUUGCCAGAAUCUCCAGAGGUUGUUAAUACUACUUUUUUCUUGUACACUAGAGAAAACCCUACACAUUCCCAGGUAAUAUCUGCUCUCCAUCCAUCAACAAUUAGAGUCUCAAAUUUCAGAACAAAACGGAUAACAUGUUUUAUUAUACAUGGCUAUGCUCCUGGUUAUCGGUAUCAUCACAUAGUAGAGAUGUGCAAGCUCCUGCUUAUAAAAGAAGAUAUAAACUGUAUUGUAAUAAACUGGGAAGGUGGUUCGAAUAACUCGUACACCACAGCCGUACAAAAUGUCCGUAUUGUUGGAGCUGAGCUGGCUUAUUUCUUGGACUAUCUAGAGACAACCUAUGGAUAUCCCCCUUCCAAUGUACAUAUUAUUGGACAUAGUCUUGGAGCACAUGCUGGAGGGGAAGCCGGAAGAAGGAAACGAGGCCUCGGCAGAAUAACAGGAUUGGAUCCAGCUGGACCUUUAUUCCAUGACACACCUCCUGAAGUCAGAUUAGAUCCAUCUGAUGCAAAGUUUGUUGAUGUUAUUCACACCAAUAUGGGUCGUCCGCUCUUUGGGUAUGAAGGAAUAAUUCAACCAUGUGGUCAUCUUGAUUUUUAUCCAAAUGGUGGAAAGACAAUGCCAGGCUGUAAAGGACACCUGUUAUGUAAAAGGUGUGAUAUCAAUGAAGUUAUGAGAGAAAUUUUGUCUUCUAAAUCUCUUCAAUGCUCGCAUUGGCGAAGUUUUCAGUAUUAUAAUCACAGCAUUUUUAUUCCUGAUGGGUUUCUUGGAUUCCAGUGCAAUACAUAUGACAACUUUAUAUCAGGGAAAUGCUUUCCAUGCCCGAAGGAGGGCUGUCCAAUGAUGGGUCACUAUGCUGAUUGUUUUUCAGAUGUACACCAAGAUGUACACCAAGGGUAUUAUUUAAAUACUGGUGCUUUCCCACCAUUUGCUAGUUGGAGGAAACAUAUAUCCGUGAAAUUGAUUGGAAUGCAAAAAAUGAGAGGGAUUAUUGUUGUAGCCUUAAUUGGAAGUAACAAGCUCAGAAGGGAGUACCCAAUUACCAACGGAUUGCUUUACCCAAGACAUACUUUUGCAAGGUUUGCUGAUGUAGAUAUUCUUGGAGACAUUACAGCAGUUGAAUUUAAAUGGAUAAAGCAUCCAAUCUGGAAAGGAAUUGCCUUCGUAGGAGCACAAGAAGUCACCAUAUUAAAUGGGGGAAAUGGCCAUAAAACUCAUUUUUGUGGCAUUAAAGCUGUCCAGCCUGAAGUUUGGCAAAAACUUACACCCUGUUGA